AUGCUUAGCUCUAUCUUCUCUAUCCUGGUUGUGGCUGUUUCAGCAGCAGCUUUGUUCUCGGACUGUAGCUGCUUGGCUGGUGCAGUCUCUGUCCUCGGCACGGAGCCACUUGCAUCUGCUUUUUGCUCUCAGCAUGUUAGCAUCUCUACUGUGGUGGAGUCCACCACCAUCACCACACCAGCAGCGACCACUAUCAGCGUUAAGACUGUGCCUGCACCUUUCACAAUCACCGAGACUUUGGUUGACAUCAGGAGUACAAGUACAACCAUAACACAGACGUUUGACAUUCCUUACGUAUCAACGAAAGCCGUCACAGUCACUUCUCCCACCGUGCAAUGCUAUGCUGGAACUAGCUUUGGCAGUCAGCCAACUCUGGCACCUGUGGCCCGUGGCUUAGAGAAGAGACAACUCCCAACUAUCUCUCUCCCUACAAUCCCUCUACCGACUUUGCCGAUCCCCAUGCCCACCUGGGUACCACCAUUGGAGGCGUCUUUGCUUUCUUCGGCCUGUGAAUGUUUUCUGGGACCUUCUCUUACUGUCACUUCCACCACAUCCAAGUGGGUAGCCUCGGGCACGUUGACAGCCACUGUGGAGGUAACAACAAUUCCGACAACGACAAAAGAGGUCACAUUGACCAUAACCUCAACUGCCCUGGUUGUUACUGCUGUUUCCACUGCAACAUCCACCGUGACAACUACAACCACGUCAUAUACCCCAGUCCCGACCAACACGCAGCUCGGCUUGAACUGGUACUAUUACUACAGUUCUCAAAACUACUUCCCCGGCCAUGCAAUCACGUUUGAUCCUCAAACAUUCAACAGCCCUAACUAUAACUUUAGCGGCUAUGUCCAGAAUGUUGCCAGCUUCCAAACCGUGAACUACCCAAGCACAAGCCACACAUGUAACCUACCAGCCAACGAACCAUGCGCCACCACCGACAAUGCCUUCUAUGCCUGGCACGGGACAAAGGCGUACAGUGACUACCAGAAAAACAACGACGACUACCUGGCGGGUAACUAUAUCCCACAGGCUGGCUCAGUUACGGUCCAAGUAGGCGUCGGAGAGCUUGUUCCCUUUACUUUCAUGUGGGCCAAUGGUGGCGGUCCCGGUCAGGCGUUGCUGACUAUAACUGACCCUGCUGGCAAGGCGCAUGCGGACACGACAGGCUUCUUUGUUCCUGCAAAUGGCACUUGUCCUGGCUACACCAAUCCAUUCUCUCCUUAG